AUGUCUGCUGAGGUAAAUUGCAUAAACAGCGGUAACUCGGAAAUCCAUCAUCAGCAACAGAAACCUCUAACGGAUGGAAUGGAAAACAGUGUUAUACUAACGACUGCACCUUCAGCCGUUAAAUCAAUUGUAACUGAAGAAACAGAUUUUUUGCCAGAAACUACUGGUACCAACAGCCAUCCAGUUGGAACGCUAUGUUCCGCAUCUGGUCCUGGUUCCGGAAGUCGAAAUCAAAAAUCGAAAAAGCGACAAAAUCAGAAAACUUUUAGUUUGAUGGAUAUUUUCGAUAUGCAUAAAGGAAUUGGAAGUUGGGCUGAUGCUGCUGCUGAUACUCAUACAACCUCCUAUUCUCCUUCCAUAAUACAAGAACCUUUGGAGACAAAGCAGGUUUCUAAUGUGCUGCAACAAGCAGGUGCAUCACAGCAAGGUGAUUGGAAUCAAAAUCAGUAUCACAGUACCGACGGAAAUAUGCGUCCACAUUUGCUAGGUUUAGAACGGGCCACACAUUCCAGGAAUAUGGAUUUGGUUAAUUUGCCGGAUAGGCCACCAUUUGAAGUUAAAGUGGCCAAUAUUAAUUAUAAAUCCUCUAACAACGAUCUCUUUUAUUUCUUUGGAGGUGAAGGCAGUGUUGUAAAUAUUCGUUCCGAGGGUCAAGCUGGCAGACGCGGUAUUGCGAUUGUUUCGUUAUCAUCACAAGAAGCGCUUGUGAACGCUUUAAAAUUGAAUAGCAUGGAACUGCAAGGUCGUUCGCUGAGGGUAUCACUUCGAGAUCAUCAGUCUCGUCCAGCUUUUGGUGGCGGUAGAAUAUCUGUUCAAGAUCAUCAACUUCGACCACAUUUUGAUAGUGAUAAUGUAGGACCUAAUAAUGCUUAUGGACACUAUAGGAAUAAUGGUAGCUAUCAUGAAGAAGGCUACAGUACUUUGCCUCAUCCCCGCCGAGGACCUCCACCGAUAUCGUAUCAUGCCUAUAAUACAGAUGGCCGCGCUAACCGAUUACAUCUGCAACAUUGCUCCUCAUAUCGUGGUCGAGAUAAUCGAAGGUACGACUAUGACAGCCGUCUAUUCCGUCACCAAAAGUCUGGAAAUAACCAAUUUUCUCCUCGUUUUACGAAUCGUAGUUCUAAUUCAUAUGGUGUUUCUCCCAGACCGUCACCAUCUGUUGAAAAUCAUUUAUUUAAUCAUGGUGUGGAAAUGGAACAUGAUGUCGAUAAAAGGGGUCCUGGACGUAUUCGAACGGAAAGCGUGCGAAGUAGUACUACAGAUGGUACCGAGAAGCAUGAGAGGCGUAAACUACAACUGCAACCUCGGACUAAGCCUUUCAAUAACACUAUAGAAGAUUUGCCUGCCAGGCCAACUAGUAUUUUUGGUCUUGCAAAACCCGUAGAUACUUAUGAAAAAGAAAAGCAGGUAGAAGAACGACUGCGAUUAGAAAACGAAGCAUUCAAAGCAGCCGAACAGCGAUCAAGAAAGAGCAGCGAGCGCGCUAUUUCCAUUCCCGCAUCUCCCUUACUGGUCCAUGGAGAGGUUUCCGUGGUAAUUGAAUCUCCGUUACAUGAUGAUUGUCGUGAAAAUUGUCCACCACCAGCCCAAGAAGCUGUUCCAGAAGAAAACUGUAAAAUAGCGGAAGGUGUAGAAAAACUUCGGACAACUUCAAUUAUCCCUGUAUUGGUCACAAAUGAAGAGCGCGCAAUGGAAAAAGCAGAAACACCUUCUGCGACUAUAUUAGCAUCAACUCCACAACUUCCACCUCCACGUGAAUCAUCCAUUCCAACAAACGCAAGUCGUUUUAAUUUUUCGCCAAAUUUAUCUUGCUGUUUUAAUUUUACAUUCAUAUUGCGGAUUUCGAAUACUUAA